UUACGUGAUAUACUGACAUUGAAAUCAAAGCGAUUAUAUAUGCCCGAAGUAAACAUGCAUUAUGCAAUCUUCUAUAUCUGUAUGUAUAGUUUGAGAAUUGAAAAAAAAACAUUAUAGAUCUGUAUAAAUGUUGUCUGACGUACUUUGAUAUGACAAGUAUUACAUAAACUGUUGAAGUCAUAAGAUAAAGUUUUAUAAAGAUAUCGGUUCCAGUUGUCAUCAUGCAAGAUAUAUGCAUAUUUGGCCUCGAAAAAUCCAGUUAACUGAGAGGACAGUAAACGCCCCGUUUGAUUCCCUAAUGAGCUUCAGUACAGUUAUAUAAAGAGUUUGUAGCUUAAUCACGGGUGUUUAGCCGCUUCUAAAACAUCUGCAGUUGACAUAUUCAUCAUUAGAACGUUCGCUAUCAUUUUGGUUCUUGCUUUUGUUUGGCAACCAAUCACUGCCAGCUUCCGUGUCAAAUACUCGGAGACAUGUUUGAUGGAAAAUGGAUUUACCGACAGUCCUUCCGACCUAGGAAACAUAGAAUCCAUCGGAGAACCUGAUCUCAUAGAUACCAUAAAACAUCCCAACGGAAAAAAUAGCAGCCGUUGUUGCCUGUGUCUACCAAAAACAAUACGCCGACAAAAAUUUAAACAAUGCCCUCAAAGUUCUAAUAGACAGGGAUGAUAAGGUAUCGGAGGAUGAAGCGAAAAAAAUGAAGGAAACGUUGGCUACUUGCAACACAAAUGCUGCUGGAGAUAACGCUAAAUUGCUGAGCUGUGUAAACUUAGUCGCUCCUCCUUUCGAUACUCUCAUAGCUGUUAUUCGUGAUUUACCCGAAUCUCAGGAUCCAUGCUUCUUGAAAUGCGACAUGAAAAUCGGUGAAAUGUACAAAGCGGAGCAGAAUCGAAAUAAAAUGAAAGAUCUUGUGAAGCAUGUCCCCGAAGAAAAACUAAGCUGUAUAUUUGGUUGUAAAGUGGACGAGUUCGAUAAAACGAAACCGGGCGGUAAAGUACACGACGAGAACCAUAAAAAAGAAAUGUUAGAAACUUUGAAGAGGUGCACCGACACAGUUGCUGGACAACCGAAUGAAAACACUCUGUUAGGGAAAUGUCUUGAUCUGUUUAAUCCUCCAUUCGUCGAUAUUUAUUAAAAUUGUAAUUAAAUAAGAUAAUUUAUUAAAAAUCUUGUAAUUAUUAAGUACUCAAUUGUUUUAAAAAUAAAAAAAAAUACUAAAAAUAUUACAAAUAAAAUUGCUUGUCUGAUGGGUUCCGAAUUUGUUUGACAUUCAAAUUUUG